AAGCGGGUUCUUCCCGGUGUGGACCCUGCCGUGCGCUCACUGGCCUCUCCACCCAGGACAUGACACAGGCGGGACGCCGCGGCCAUGGGGUCUCAGCAUUCGGCCUCCGCUCGCCGUCCCGCCGCCAAGCGAAAGAAAGGUGACAGGGAGGGCUUCCUGGCCGAUCCCGAGCAGGAAGAGGCCAUCGCGCAGUUCCCGUACGUGGAGUUCACGGGGAGGGACAGCAUCACCUGCCUCACCUGCCAGGGCACGGGCUACAUCCCAAAAGAGCAAGUCAAUGAACUGGUGGCUUUGAUCCCACACAGCGACCAGAGGUUGCGUCCUCGGAGAACUAAACAGUAUGUCCUUCUGUCGGUCCUGCUGUGCCUCCUGGCGUUGGGCUUGCUGGGGUUCUUCCUGUUUCCACAUUCAGUCUUCGUGGACGACGAUGGCAUCAAAGUGGUGCAGGUCACCUUCAAUAAGCAGGACUCCCUGGUAAUCCUCGCCAUCACGGCCACCCUGAAAAUCCGGAACUCCAACUUCUACGCCGUGGCAGUGACCAGCCUGUCCAGCCAGGUUCAGUACAUGAACACAGUGGUUGGCACCUAUGUGACCACGAAUGCGUCCCUCAUUCCACCGCGCAGUGAGCAGCUGGUGAAUUUUACGGCGAAGGCUGAGAUGGGAGGACCGUUUUCCUAUGUGUAUUUCUUCUGCACAGUACCUCACAUCAGGGUGCACAACAUAGUGAUCUUCAUGCGCACUUCCGUGAAGAUUUCAUACAUCGGCCUCACGACGCAGAGCUCCUUGGAGACACAUCACUACGUGGACUGUGGCGCAAACUCCACAGCUGCUUAGCUCCUGCUCUCAGUUCUCCGUGGUAGCACCUGCAGGAGGACAGCCCAGCAUCUGUUCCCAGGGCCGGAGUUUUCCACUGACCCCAGGGGGUUGAAGCAGAGGAGGGACUGGCUGUUAACGCCCAGCAAACGCCUUCCUGCUGCGUCGGGAAGAAGUUUCCGCAGCACCGUGUUUCCCAGAGCCAGCAGAGUCACUGCCAGUGCCUCGCCUGUGCCCAGCACAUAACUGUCGCUUGAUAAGGCUUUGAAGAACUUAAUUCAGAUCUCUUCAGCUGUUCUUGAGGCCUCAGGGGCUGAAACCACCCCCCACGUCUAAGUUAUAGAGUAACGUGGACGUAGCCCUGUUAGUGUAGCUGCAGCUCCACGGGGGCCUCAUGGGUACAGAGUGGCAGCCGGAGGGACCUCAGAACGCCCGGAAGCAGCCAGCACAGACGCCCUCAAUAGCAUUUGUUUCAUCUGUUCCCAGAUGUCAGGAGCUUUAAAAGAGGACUGGGGGCUGGCUCUUGUGGGAAGUUACAGCUGUCUCUACCACGUCUCUGUGAGCUUUGAUUUACCCUUCAUCCAUUGGCCGGAACAUGGAUUGGGGAUUUGAUAGAAGAAUAAAUCCUGUUUUUAAUUUA